AUGACAGCAUUCAUCUCAGUACAUCCUGGCGGCUCAGCUGUCCUGCUUAGACACGCCGGGACGGACGCCACUGCCUCAUUCGACGCAGUGCACCCUACAGAGAUUCUCGAUGAGUACGUCGGGUCGGUGCGCGUCAUGGGCUCUCUGCUGGCAGAACAGGCAUCGAACAGUGCCGAGUUGGAAGAUGCAUCAUCAGAGUCUCGCCUACAGCAAGCGAGCAACGGUGAAGAUCCGGGGGACAUGGUGCCCGUCAAACAUAUGCUCAGCCUCGGCGAGAUGGAGACAAGCGCCAUCCGACAGCUCAGCCCCAAGGCGCUCUCGUACUACGCCUCGGGAACUGACGAUGAGCUCACCAUGAGACACAACAGCUCGAUAUUCAAGCAGAUGCUUUUGCGUCCGCGGGUAUUCGUGGAUUGCAGAACCUGCGAUCUUUCUACGACCAUUCUAGGGGAGAAAGUCGGCUUGCCAAUCUUCAUAUCGCCCGCGGCCAUGGCGAAACUCGCCCAUCCUUCCGGCGAGCGGGGCAUAGCGGCGGCAUGCUCCAGCUUCAAUGCACUGCAGAUCAUAAGCAAGAAUGCAUCGAUCUCGGUCCCCUCCAUUGUCGCGGCAGGCAAGGGAGCUGUGUACGCCUGGCAGCUGUAUGUGUUGAAAGACAUUGCGGCAACGGAAAGAACUCUGGCGCGGAUACGAGCAAUUCCCCAGGUCAAGUUCAUCGUAUGGGGUACUGAGGGCGGCCUCACAUGGCACAAGACCCUGGAGUGGCUCUCGACCCAGACCAGUCUUCCAAUUGUUCUGAAGGGGAUUCAGUGCCAUGAGGACGCCUAUGCUGCCACGAAAUUCCCAUCAGUCAAAGGCAUCAUCGUGUCAAACCACGGCGGCAGGGCCCUCGGCACGGCACCGACUCCGGUGCAGGUGCUUCUGGAGAUGAGGAAAUUCUGCCCAGAGGUUUUUAGCAAGGUGGAAGUCAUGAUGGAUGGCGGGAUUCAUCGUGGCACCGAUGUCGUCAAAGCUCUUGCGCUCGGCGCGAAAGCUGUCGGCAUUGGGCGGGCGGCACUGUAUGGCCUUGCUCUAGCUGGCGAGGAAGGCGUGACGAGGACAUUGCAAAGUACGCAACCUACUCUUGAAGUCACCCAUCAUGGAAAAACAAACGGCUGA